AUGGCUCAAAAUCCUGAUGACCCCCUGAUUUUGUUGGAGAUUCUCGAGGUACUGGGUGCAUGUCAUGGGAGCGUGUCCUAUGCGGACAUUUGCGUGUAUCUCAGUGGACGAUUCAGCCUGCAACCACUUCUUGAUCUGCGUAGUCUUCUGUAUUCCAUUGCAUGUAAAGACCCGUGUUUCCCUUCCACCCUUUUCCGAGAGCGCCUUCACCCACCCUGCAGUAACCGGCUCUCAGCGACCGCUGAUGUUGUUUCCCUAUUCAAUCUCCUCAUGCACACACGCAUGGCUCCUACAUAUGCACAGAAUGUGCAAACACUGACGCCCUGUCAGGUCUGUGGAAAGGGAUUUCUGCGUUAUGAAUGGCCGACUGCCCUGCCCAUCGCAGGGGGAGGGACUGCCUCUGAUGAGUGUAAAUAUGAGAACCUCCCUUGUCAAGUGAUCAGUCUUAACACAGAGGCUUCACACGCACAGGCUCACCCUCACUCAUAUAUGCACAACCAAGAGAGCAUGCAGAAUACGCAUUCUGUGGAUCCAUUCAGUGAUGAGGUGAAUCCGGAGGCAGCCAAGACGCCGAAGGCCAAUCAGGAGGCCCGUAUUGUUCGUUCCUGCUCUCAAAAGAGGAGUGCCUUUAAAGACGGUUUUCGAAACUUAGUGCCACUCAUCUCCAUGGAAGCCAGUGGCCAAUCAGAGCAAAGCCCAGAUGGACCGAGAGAGGAUGGUGAGGAUUUGCUUUCGAUUACACAAAAGAACCCCUAUCCAGAUCCUCAAACAUAUACAGAUGAUGACCACACAUGCAGCCCAGCAUCACAUAUGGAAUGUCUGCAUGAUGAUUCAUACAUCUAUGCAAGUCUAGAUCCAAUGACUGUCACUCAUGAAGUCAACGUACAAUAUGUUGAUGCUCCAAACCCAUACAGUCCUGGACAGACUCAAUGGCAUCAAACCAAACAUGAGAGUUUAGACGAGCUACAAACAUCCACCUACUUCGGGCCUCCAGUCGACCAUCAAAAGCUGCAGGCCCCGGCACUACAAGUCAAGAGCCACAGUUUGGAUAUCGACAGCAGGACUGCGGAUGAAAGACCGGAACCAGAAAAGUCUGUGCUGCAAAAACCUCGAUCGGAAAGAUCUGUUUUAGAAAAGUCUGGAUUAAGAAAGCCAGGAUCUGUGAAAAUUAGCUUUGACGGCUCAAGCUUUGACAUUCCUGGUUUUGAUCCUCGCAUUGUCAGCUCAGUGCGGGACACCUUUAAGCGUCUGAGCAGCAUAAGUUUGGACGCCUGGUGCGAUUGGUCACCGAGCGCUGAUGGUGUGGCCAGCGUAGGCACCCAAACGGAACAGGCAGAUCGGCGUGCUUUGCGAAGUCUCAUGCUUAGCGAAAAACUCUCAAUUGACAACCCUGACAUCGCAGAGGACGACAUCAGCGCUAUCUUCCGUUUCCUAGAUGACAUUAGCAUGUGUGGCUCCAUGGCAGUGCUGCCAGGAGAAGGGGGCGGAGUCCAAGAGGGGGGCGGGGCUGGGCUGCCAGAAAGGCGGGAACGUUUAGGGAAGUUGCGGAAGUUGUUUCACUCUUUGGAGGCACCUGAAGAGGGUGUGCGAUGGGGCGUUGGCCGCCUGCUCCAACGGGUCACAGAACUGGAGCAAAGGCUAGAGCCAAUCACAGAGCUGCGUGAGCAACUGGCACUUGUGCUGUCCACAUUGGACCGACUGGAACAAAGGGAGCAAAUCGCUUGCCCACACUUACAUCAAAUGCACAUAGAACAACAGCCACCAGCACGACCCAACAUACAGCAGCAGGGCUCCCCGAGGAUCAAUCCAGGGGCAGAGGGUGCCAACGAGGCAGCAGCCAAACGUAGACAUCUGUUUGUACGCAGGGCCUCAAGAAGCCACACAGAAAGUGGCAGUUCAGAGGCACACAGAGAGUGGAGCAUCAGCUUCAGUAAGGAGCCACACAUACAGCCUGUUAAGUCAGAUCAGCUGGGUGGAGUGUAUAAAAGAGACUACCCCAUACCACAGGAAGUGAUGGGCUUCCACCUCAUGCCAACCGAGGCCCAAAAAGCUCAGAGACGCACCUCUGUCCAGAGCACUAGCCAAAAUCUAGCCGACCGCCCCAAAGUGACCUGGAGCCAAUCAGAUUUAACACCCCUGGAACUUCAGGCCCCUGAGUCUUUGGAGUUCUGGACGGACGAGAUUUACACCCCAGCCUCUGACACACUCCUGCGGCGUUCACAGUCAUACACCCGGUGCAACAGGAACCAAGCAUACCGCAUCGCUGCCCUGAGUAUCACUGCCACUAUCAUCCUUAUCCUCAUAAUCGUCAUUCCAGUUAGCACUAUGUAAUGUACAUACUGUCACAUGACACACUAUCACACUUACACAUCUGCAUCACCAUCUAAGGCCCAAAACAUACUAUACACAAUUAAAUGAACGCAAACGCUUCUUGCUACCCAAGCUCAAUUUCAUGCAUCAUUGCGUUACGAAAUGUGGCAGACCGCAGUCCAUAAUGCAACGCAAGUACGUGUUGCAUUCUCAGUGCUGCCACAAGGGGUGCUAUAGUGGACAUUUGCGUAAACUGUCUUCUUCUAUGGUAAGUUUUCUCUAGGGAUGGGCAAUAUCACUUAUUUUCUUUUCGAUCCGAUAACAAGUACUGUUAAUGCUAAUAUUGCAGAUUCCAAUACCUCUGUUAAAUGUAAUUUUUUAUUUUUGCAAAUUCUGAGAAUAAAAUGGGUAAUUUUAAAUAUUA